AUGACGGCCACAACUCCCACAGCCAAACCACUACCACGCUCUAUCCCCAAGGACCUCUCCGGCAAACCCAUCCCGCAGAACCAGCGCUGGGCAUAUUCGCCCUCCUCCUUCACAAAUGGCAAACUACUCUCCAUCGCCGCUAAUGCGGUGGUCAUCGGUGCCUUCAUCUCAUUUAAUGCAUCCACUACCGGACACCAGUUGUACACAUACCUCGACACCACGUACGGUGCCUACAAAGUGAACGUAUGGGGCACAUUCAUCGUGACAUCGGUCUUCUUCUGGGCAUGGGCGGGGCUCUUUGCCCUCGCCGACUUAACAGGCUCUCCACGCUGGCUAUUCCAAUACAAAACGCAGCCCUUCACACGGGUCGCGGGAGCCGCGUACUUGCGCAUCGCAGCCGUCUCCCUCCGCAACCAAGUCCUCGUAGCAUUCCCAAUGCUCCUCCUAAGCACUCACCUAGGCCACGCCCUGCACCCCGUGGCACCAGAAUACCUCCCCAGCGCCACAACAACCCUCACAACGCUACUAUUCGACGUCGCCUGCACAGAAAUAGGCUUCUAUUAUAUCCACCGCACCCUCCACCACGGAUCGCUAUACCCGCUCUUCCACAAACAGCACCACGAAUUCACCGCGCCAGUCGGGCUGGCGGCAACGCACUGCUCCGCAACAGAGCAUGUCCUGUCGAACCUCCUCCCCAACGCACUGGGCACAUUACUAGUCCGCCACCACUGGUCGCAGGCGGUGUUUAUCUUCCUGUUUCUGGAGUUCAAUACCAUCUGCGUCCACUCGGGCUACAAUAUCCCCGGCCUGCCGUCGAAUCUGCAGCAUGAUUUCCAUCAUUUUGCGUUUACGGAGAAUUUUGGGCCCAUGGGCGUUUUGGAUACGCUUCAUUCGACCAAUAGGAGGUUCAAGAGUGUUUUGGCGGAAGCGAUUGCUAGGGCUGGGGGUAAUGAGGAGAGAGCGAGAGUUAUGGUGUUGGAGAGGUUGGCUAGGGCUGAGAUGGAAAUGUCCGACAAUAAGGAGUGA